AGCCUUCCCCCCCGAUUCAGACUGCUGGCAAAAAAAAGCAGGAGAGAGAAAGGGAAAGAUAAAUGUACGCUCAGAGACUCAGAGUUCUUGGAAACUCCUCUCACUUGACUCUUUCCUCUUCAGGAAGCGAAGUAAAGGGAAGAAAGCAAGAGCUGCAGCAAGCACUGAGGGCUAGAGCAGAUGGCCUCCGGUUGCCACUAGAAUCCCUGCAGCUGGAGGAGGGGAUCACAGGAUGAAUGCCACAGUCACUUCAGUACUCCUCCCUGAUGCCUUUCCCUGCACUGUGUAAUGGUGAACCCUUCUGCUGGCCAAGAAAAGAAUGAGUCACCCUGGAAUGGAAGAAUGAUGAAUCACCACACGGUUAGGUUUGUGGACUGGGUUCUCUACCUCUGACUUGCUCUCAGGAGUCUCGAAUGGAAUUUAAGGCCCCCUUCAUGAAUUCCAGCAAGAAAGUGGAUUUGAAGAUAAUUAUCAUAGGAGCACUGGGCGUGGGGAAAACCUCCCUCCUGCACCAGUUUGUGCACAAGACAUUCCAUGAAGAUUAUCGGACUACUCUGGGAGCCAGUAUCCUAUCUAAGCACAUCAUGGUGGACAACACCCCCCUAAAACUGCAGAUCUGGGACACUGGGGGUCAGGAGCGGUUCCGAUCCAUGGUGUCGACGUUCUAUAAGGGCUCGGACGGCUGUAUGCUGGCCUUUGACGUCACGGACCUGGAGUCCUUCGAGUCCUUGGAUGACUGGAGAGAGGACUUCCUGGAGAAGAUAAUCCCCACAGAACAGGGCUUCCCCAUGGUGGUGCUGGGAAAUAAAAUCGAUUUAAAUGAACGGCAGGUGUCCAAGGAGACAGCUUCAUUCUGGUGCAAAGAAAAGGACAUCCCGUAUUUCGAAGUCAGUGCCAAGAACGAUGUCAACGUAGUGCAGGCCUUUGAGACGCUCGCAAGGCAGGCCCUGUCGAGGUACCAAGAGAUUCUCGAGAACUAUUUAACAGAUUCCAUCAAGCUCACUCCUGAUGACCAGCCCAAGAAGAAAUGCUGCUGAAUGAGACAUCUGGAGACACCUGACAUUAUGUCUCUGAGUCUUUGCUCGGCACCGAAAUCGCUGAACCGACCCCAUUCACUUCCGGUUUUGUGUUCAGCCAUGGGAGACAACCACAGCGAUCCAGUUCCGCAUUGCACAGCCAAGCUGACAAAUCUCAUGACAUUUACAGAGUGCAGAGACGAGACCGGCCUUUUCUCUACGUGCCUAGAUUGGACUAACCCAGCCAGACCGCACCUGGCUGCUCCUAUGCAUUGGGACCCUUAUUGCUUCAUUAACCUUCUAACCACCCAUUUCAAAGCCUUGCACCAGCCUUCUAAACCUGGCUCUGUGCAGUCAGUGCUGAGUCCAGGUGGUCCAGCUACCUUCCCAGGGCUGUGGCUGGCUCAGUGACCUCACUCGCCUGCUAUCUCUCUGCUCUAGUUACACCUGCUGACACUCAGGCAGGUCACAGUGGAUUGGUGGCUCACCCUCUGGCACUUGACCAGGCAUUCCCAACACACGCCUGAAUUGACGGUGCUAAGGCAAGGCAGGGCUGUGUUGUCAGUGUCCUGCAGGCUGCGCCUCCGUGGAGAAUGUAAUCUCAGUCCCUGCUGUUUGAACGCAAAACAGAGACAUUUGUUCUCCAGAUACCCAGUCUUUAAACUAACCCCCCCCCCCCCCCGCACAGCCUGCACUUGAUAUUAAACAGGCAUAAGCCAUUUAUCCCCAAGGGAGGGAAAGGUGGAUGGUCUAGUGGUCAAAGCACAGGCCUAAGAGCCAGAAACUUCUACAUACUAAUCCCAGCACUGACACACAUUGCCCUCCGCAUAACCUUUCUGGGCCUUAGUUCCUCCCCAUCUGUAAAAUGGUAGGGGGGCGUGCUCUCUCACCCAGAUAUGAGGUUGUUUGUAAAGCACUUUGAUAAUGAGCUGUCCUGUGUAGUUUUAUUGGCAGGGUAUUUUUUAAAGGAACACUUUCAAAGGGAGGCAGUGGGGCCUAGUGGCUAGAGCACUAGACUGGGUCACAGGAGACCUGGGUCCUGUUCCCAGCUCAUCUGCUGGGUGACCUUGGGUAAGUCACUUCACCUCCCUGAGUCUCAGUAUCCCCAUCUGUAAAAUGGGGAUAAUGAUGAAAAGCACUAGAUAAGAGCUAGGCAUGAUUACUAUUUUAUCAAUCACUGAAAAAGGGGAGGCAUGGAUCAGAGUUUGACACAACAAGCAAGGGGAUUGAGCAGAACUCGAAAAGGGAAAGUGAAGGAAAGAGAACAUAUGGUAUCUGUGCAGAUCUGUGACUGUCCUGAAGGGUCUCACUGCUCAAGUGCCUGGAUUUCUAUCUCAGCCUGGGAAUGAUGCCCAAUUUUCUGCUUUUAUUGCCCAGUGGGGUUUGGAUUCAUCUUUGGGUGUUAAAGACACAAGGGCUGGACUAAGCUGUGCCCAUAAUGUGAAGCUGACACAUGAAUUUAAGAUUUUCAGUGAUCCCAGGAGCCGCGGGAGGGAAAGCAGCACAUUCCUAUCUCUUGAGGGUGGUUCAUGGCACUUUCAGCUGGUGGCUGUGAGCAGCAGAAGCAGCUGCCAUGUGGAACUUGGCCAAUGCUUGUGCAAUUGGUGAAACCUGGUUUAACACAGCAGUGAGGUUCACCAGAAGCCAAGCCGCAGGCUGGGGCCAGAGGGCACUGCUGUAUAUCAAUGCUGUCUCCAUGCAGUUUGGCUUUGACUGUGGAAAUCUCAUCCAGCCAUGAGGUCCAGAGGAAUGGUGGACCCCUUCACCUACACCCUGCCGUGGGCCGUGAUCUCUUCGCAUACACCCCUAUAUGGGCUGAGCCAUGGGCCAGGAUCCCUUCGCAUACACCCUGACAUGGGCUGCGAUCCCUUUGCAAACACCCUGACAUGGGUUGCGCUGCUGAAGGUCUUUGGCCCAGUGUGCUCAAAGCUACCUUAGAGAAAUGUGUCUAGGUUCAGAGAUGACCACAAAACCCCUAUUAAUUUAAAAUCAUUUCCAGCAAAAGUAAAAGGUUUACUCUGCA